UCAGAAGAAGAAGAAAUACGUGCAGUGUGACGUUAAACGUCUGCGCCGAGACAGCCACACGUGUUGUUUUCAUGGACAUUUGAGUGCUUGGUGAUAUUUUUGUGUUAGAGUGAAGUGUAAAAACUACAGCGAGAAAUAUGGGGAAGAAACUCAAAGUCGGAAAAACCAGAAAAGAUAAAUUCUACCAUCUGGCUAAAGAAACAGGUUAUCGCUCUCGGUCUUCCUUCAAACUCAUCCAGCUCAACCGUAAAUUUCAGUUUCUACAGAAAGCCAGAGCUCUGGUCGACCUGUGUGCUGCUCCUGGUGGAUGGUUGCAGGUUGCGUCCAAGUUUAUGCCUGUAUCCAGUCUCAUCAUUGGUGUUGACCUGGUGCCCAUCAAGCCCAUCCCCAACGUGGUGGUGCUGCAAGAAGACAUCACCACCGACAAAUGCAGAACGGCUUUACGAAAGGAACUGCAGACUUGGAAGGUCGACGUUGUGUUAAAUGACGGAGCCCCGAAUGUGGGAGCCAACUGGCAACAUGAUGCCUUCUCACAAGCUCAUUUGACCCUCAUGGCCCUGAAGUUGGCCUGUGACUUUCUGACUAAAGGUGGUACUUUCGUCACCAAGGUCUUCCGCUCCAAAGACUACCAGCCACUGCUCUGGAUCUUCCAGCAGUUAUUCAAGAAGGUGCAGGCCACCAAGCCACAGGCAUCUAGGAACGAGUCCGCUGAGAUCUUUGUCAUCUGUCAGGGUUUUGUUGCCCCAGACAAAAUCGACAGUAAGUUCUUUGACCCCAAACAUGCGUUCAAAGAGGUGGAAGUGCAGGCCAAAACUGUGAGGGAUCUGAUUCCUGUCAAGAAGCCAAAGGCGGAGGGAUACACAGAUGGUGAUCUGACACUCCACCACAGUUUCACAGUGACAGCGUUUCUGAAAGCCGACAAUGCCAUAGACUUCCUGGACAAAGCCAGUGAGAUCACCUUUGACAACAUAGACCUGCAGUCUCACCCGGCCACCAGUAAUGAGAUAAAGGAGUGUUGUCGUGACAUCAAAGUGUUGGGACGCAAAGAGCUCCGCCUGCUGCUGACCUGGAGGUCCAAGCUGAGAAAAUUCCUGGCCAAAAAACUGAAGGAUGAUGCCAAACAGCCUGACCCGGACAUCAACUUGAGUUCUGAUGAAGAAAAGGGUGCUUCAGAGGACGAACCAGACAAGAAGAAAGAGAAGCAGGGGGGAGAAGAGGAUGACGAGGAGGAAGAAAUGGAAAAGAAACUGGCAGAACUGAAAGCGGAGGAGGUGGCUGAGCUCAAACGGAAGAAGAGGAAGCUGCUGAAGGAGCGGAGGAAGCUGAGGGAGAGGGUGGAGCUGAAGAUGGACCUGCCUGGCGUCUCCAUCGCAGAUUCCAGUGACUCAUCCAUGUUUUCCCUCACCACCAUCAAGAAGCAAAAGGCGCUCACUGAUAUAUCCAAGGGGGACAUGCAGGUGGCAGACACCCUGGUAGAAGAAGAUGAAGACCUUUACCUGUCUGAGGAAGACGAUGACGAGGCGGAUAAAAUGUCCCUGGCCUCUGACUUGGAUGAUGACGACUUGGAAGAGGUGGAGCAGAGACAGAAAGAACUGGAGAAGAACGCACCAAAGAAGAAAGUAAAGUUCACUGAUGAAGAGGAGGAGGAGGAAGAAGGGCAGGAUAGUGGUUUGCUGGUGGAACUGGAAGGAAAAGAUGAAAAGAAGGAACGAGAGACCAACCUGUGGUUCAGCAAGGGCAUCUUCUCUGAGAUCGACCUGGAAGGAGACGCAGAGAGUGAGCUCCGACAGACCGAAUGGCUUCAGAACAAAAAAACGGGCAAAAAGAGGAAAGCUGAAGAAGAGGAGGAGGAGGAGGAGGAGGAAGAGGAGGAGGCUGCUCCACCAGAGAAGGAAAAGGCGGGACCUUCAAAGCAAGCUGAAGAGGAGAGUGACAGUGACUCGGAUGACAGCAGCGACGAUGAGAAGGAGAUUAUCAAGAUGAAGCAGGUCACUAAAGGGACUGGUGGGAUGUCGGGAGAGGCGAAUGACGUUGACCUCCAAGUUGUUCCUGUAGAAAGCAUCAGUAAGAAAGCCAGGAUCCUGGAUGCAGAGGGCCUGGCCCUGGGCUGUCAGAUCGCCACGUCUAAGAAGAGAGCCAGGGACCUGUUGGAUGGCUCUUUCCACAGGUUUGCUAGCUCCGAGGAGCAGUGGGAUGUACCGGAGUGGUUCCUGGAUGACGAACGGAAACACCGCAAGAAGCCAGUGCCGGUCACCAAGGAGAUGGUCGAGGAGUUCAAGCAAAAAUGGAAGGAGAUCGAUGCCCGACCCAUCAAACGAGUUGCAGAGGCCAAGGCCAGGAAGAAGAGGAGGAUGCUGAAGAAGAUGGAGCAGGCUAAGAAAAAAGCAGAGGCAGUUGUCAACACAGUGGACAUCUCUGAGAGGGAGAAGAUGGCUCAGCUGAAGGGUAUCUACAAGAAAGCUGGCCUGGGAAAGGAGAAGAGAGAAGUAACGUACGUUGUGACCAAAAAGGGAGCUGGCAAGAAGGUGAGGAGGCCCGCCGGCGUCAAGGGAGCCUUCAAACUGGUGGAUGGACGCUUGAAGAAAGACAUGCGGGGGAUGCAGAGGAAAGAACAGCAGGCUAAAGGGGGCAAAGGAAAAGGUGGUAAAGGAAGAGGAGGACAUGCAAAGGGUGGCAGAGGAGGGAUGAAGAGUGGUAGAGGGCGAAAAGGAAGAUAAAUUUGAACCUGUAGCACUCUCACAGUCUUGCCUUCCUAACUAUUAAACAUUGCCUGGUCUCAUGUUGCAGGUGAGCAUUUAUGGAGCUUUGUGAGCGAAGAUGCCACAGUUUGGGCUCUUGUCCAGAGGCUAAAAUGAAUUUUGGUCAUUCAAAUGGAUGCUGUCUUUUUUCUUUAGCAACUUUUGCUAAGGUUCCUGAAAACCCAUUUAGAUAUGUUCUGUGGGUACUUAAAUACUGGUGUUCUCUGCACGUCUUUCUGAAGAUGAAGAUUAUUUGUCUUGAACUAUGUAAACGGAGUGGUUUCACUCAACAGCUAAACUGUAAAUGGCAGAAAUCAAGUUAAAAAUAAAUGUUCUCCAGAAAUGUUGCUAUUAAUGUAAAUAUUAUAUACACAUUUUUGCAAUAAAUGUUUUGAAUCUUUAA